AUGACGCUUGACUCUUCAGAGGAAAAUCUAAACAUAUAUAGAGUCCACUUUACUCUCUUGUGUUGUUUUCUUCCUAAGAUAACAUUUCCGCUAAUAUAUGGCAUCAUAGUCUAUUGGAUGACGGACCAACCGGCCGAGUUCUCGCGAUUCAUGAUCUUCCUCGUGGUUUGCGUUCAAACCGCUUUGGUCGGGCAGUCCCUGGGCCUCGUUAUUGGAGCAGCUACGGAAUUAGAGGUAAUGGACUGUUGUUAUUCUGCGAAACCUGGUUUCCUACAUGAGGAAGACGGUAUUGAGCUUGCACUCGGACGCCUGCCGACCGAUCUCGACUGCGCCGAUGAUAUUUCGCUGCUAGCCUCAAGCUUUGCUGGCCUACAGUCUGAAGUGUCGCGGGUUGCCGUGUUUCUUGGCCCGGCGACUGGAAUCCCAAUCCUGCUCUUCUCGGGUUUCUUUGUCACUCUUGAUGCAAUUCCAAAAUACCUGCAGUGGCUUUCCUACAGUUCCUUCACACGAUAUGCGUUUGAGGGUGCCAUGAAGGUGACUGGACGGUUGUAUCUCCUUUAA